UUCAAUGUAAUAUUUUUUGUGUGAUGGGAUUCAGAAGUUGAUCAAUUUGCAUUUUAUGAUGUCUUUAGUAUAUGCUUCUCAACAUCCGUUGUCUGAAACUUGAUUCUGAUACUCUUUUGUUUAACUUCAACCCUGUUCGUUAGGGAUGAUAUCCAUAUUUUAUACCCCUUUUUUUUCAACAAACUUGAUCAAGACACGAGGAAACAAAGUUUCUUUUAUUGUGAUAUUGAAUUGUACUUUAUAUUUUAAACCGUCAAGGCUGUUACAAAUGAAUUCACUGUUUUUUUUAAUUGUUGAUAUUAUUAGCUUUUACUUAAAAUUUGUAUAAUAUUGAGAUGAGAAAGGGAUCUGAUAAUUCAAUGGACUUGGUCAUGAUAUGAAGGGGUGUGUCUGAAUUUGGUUGAAUUUAGUUCCUUGCUGAUAAUUUAAGUUCCUCUAUAGUAUAUAAUAACUGGGUUGGUUGUAUACAAUGGCCUUAGUAAUAGUUUAACAUAAUCAUAUGUAAAUUAUUAAAUGAUUUAUUCGACAUAAACUAUAUCUUAAAAAAAAAAAGACAAACUAUAUUUGUGGUCCAUAUAUAAUCAAGAUAAGGAUAUCAUACACUAAUAAUCAAUUAUAUGGUGAGGUGACAGGCAAGGCAACAUGGGCGCAGUGAGCCAAUACAAAAUACUGUCCAACUAACCCAAUUAUAUUAUGUACAAGAUUCCGCCUAUUGUUUUCUUUUAUUGUUUGUCCUGUACUCCAUUUUAUUAAUACAUUAUUUUAAUAAAUAUGGUAGUUCCAGUAAAAAAAACGAAUAAAUAAAGUAGUUCUCUCUUCUAAACAGAGUAGAAAGAAAUACAUGAUUGGUUGAUUGGAUUCAUUCAGUAUACUAGCUAUGGCGAUGAACUUGUCAAGAAUCACCCUGCGGCCAUUCGAAUUGAGUGACGUGGACGAUUUCAUGUUAGUAGUAGGUGAUGAUAGAGUGACAAACUAUACUAGACGGAAAAGUUUUGUUUCAAGAGAACAAGCUUUGUGUUACAUUCAAGAUGUGUGCAUUCCUCACCCUUGGACUCGAUCCAUAUGCAUUGACAAUCAAACUAUCGGAUUCAUAUCAAUUUCUCCAGCUGGAUCUGGUGAUGAUGAUGAUAGGUGCAGGGCUGAGAUUGGCUAUGCUUUAGCUGCUAACUAUUGGGGUCAAGGUAUAUGCACCCAAGCAGUGAAAGUUGCUGUAUCACAAGUUUUCAAGGAUAUCCCUGAUUUGGUUAGGAUACAAGCUUUUGUUUCUAUGGAGAAUCAAGCUUCUCAGAGGGUCUUGGAAAAGGUUGGGUUCCUUAGGGAGGGUAUACUCAGAAAGUAUUCAUAUGUCAAAGGGAUAGUUAAGGAUGUAGCUAUGUUUAGCCUUUUGUCAGAGGACACUCAUUCUCUACAGUAACCAUAGAACCCGGGUUUUGAUUUUUCACAAGCUCAAUUUAGUGGAAACUGUCCUGAUCCGAGGACCUUCAUGGGUGGAAUUCGAUCAGAUUGAUCUCUGCCCCAAGAGUUUGUAUUUGCCUGCUGUAAGAUGAUAAUCAGAGUAAUAAGCUGUGUAAUCCCUUUGAUAUCUUCCUUGUUUGAUGCCAUUUAAUUAAAUUAAAAAGCAAUCUUAACACACACUAAUAACAACAGACUUUUGGCAUCCUCUGGUAUGUUAAUCUUUCGAUUGCCCUUGUUAGCAUUUAAAGUUAGAUAUGUAUAUAAAAAAGGCAUUUUAGUGAGAUGUCAUUAUUCUAGACUGAGGUAUUACCUAUUUUGAUUUGAAGUCUUAUGGAUCACUUAGCCAGAUAAAA